GUCCGUCACCCCGCAGUGGGAGGAGCCUGAGAGAGGGCAAGGGGAAGGCGAGCGGUCUGUUGUGCGCAGGCGCAGUGUUGGGCACGCCUCCGGGAUUGAGGGCUGCUGGGCCCGGUGACGUGGCCUGGCAGCGUCCGUUCCAGUGCUCCUCCGGAGAACCCGGCGCUGCCGGAACUGCCCGCGGCCUAGUCCCGACGUGCGUGUGCUCGUGAGCUGGAGCCCGUGCCAACGGCGGCGGCGGCAGGCGGGCCUGCGGGGACCCGACGGGGCCGCUGCCAUGGGGGAGUGACGCGCCUGCGCCCGCUGCUCCGCUACAGCGGCGAGUCAUGAGGAGACCCCGCGGCGGGGGCAGCGGCGGCGGCGGCGGCGGCUCCUGAGCCCCGGGAUGGAGGAGAAAUAUGGCGGGGACGUGCUGGCCGGCUCCGGCGGCGGCGGCAGCCUCGGGCCGGUGGACGUGCCCAGCGCUCGAUUAACAAAAUAUAUUGUGUUACUAUGUUUCACUAAAUUUUUGAAGGCUGUGGGACUUUUUGAAUCAUAUGAUCUCCUAAAAGCAGUUCACAUUAUUCAAUUCAUUUUUAUAUUAAAACUUGGGACUGCAUUUUUUAUGGUUUUGUUUCAAAAGCCAUUUUCUUCUGGGAAAAGUAUUACCAAACACCAGUGGGUCAAAAUAUUUAAACAUGCAGUUGCCGGGUGUAUCAUUUCACUCUUGUGGUUUUUUGGCCUCACUCUUUGUGGACCACUAAGGACUCUGCUGAUCUUUGAACACAGUGAUAUUGUUGUCAUCUCACUACUCAGUGUUUUGUUCACUAGUUCUGGAGGAGGACCAGCAAAGACAAGGGGCGCUGCUUUUUUCAUUAUUGCUGUGAUCUGCCUAUUGCUUUUCGACAAUGAUGAUCUCAUGGCUAAAAUGGCUGAACACCCGGAAGGACAUCAUGAUAGUGCUCUAACUCACAUGCUUUACACAGCCAUUGCCUUCUUAGGUGUGGCAGAUCACAAGGGUGGAGUAUUGUUGCUAGUACUGGCUUUGUGUUGUAAAGUUGGUUUUCAUACAGCUUCCAGAAAACUCUCAAUAGAUGUUGGUGGAGCCAAACGUCUUCAAGCUUUAUCUCAUCUUGUUUCUGUGCUUCUCCUGUGCCCAUGGGUCAUUGUUCUUUCUGUGACAACUGAGAGUAAAGUCGAGUCUUGGAUUUCUCUCAUUACACCUUUCACCACCGUUAUUUUUUUUGUCAUAAUCCUGGAUUUCUAUGUCGAUUCCAUUUGUUCAGUCAAAAUGGAAGUUUCCAAAUGUGCCCGCUAUGGAUCCUUCCCCAUUUUUAUAAGUGCUGUACUUUUUGGAAAUUUUUGGACACAUCCAAUAACAGACCAGCUCCGAGCGAUGAACAAGGCAGCACACCGAGAGAGCACCGAACACGUCCUGUCUGGAGGGGUGCUUGUGAGCGCAGUGUUCUUCCUUCUAUCUGCCAACAUCUUAUCAUCUCCAUCUAAGAGAGGACAGAAGGGUACCCUAAUUGGAUAUUCUCCUGAAGGAACACCUCUUUAUAACUUCAUGGGUGAUGCUUUUCAGCAUAGCUCCCAGUCGAUCCCUAAGUUUAUUAAGGAAUCAUUAAAACAGAUUCUUGAGGAGAAUGACUCUAGGCAGAUCUUUUACUUCUUGUGCUUGAAUCUGCUUUUUACCUUUGUGGAAUUAUUCUAUGGCGUGCUGACCAAUAGUCUGGGUCUGAUCUCAGAUGGAUUUCACAUGCUCUUUGACUGCUCUGCUCUGGUCAUGGGACUCUUUGCGGCCCUGAUGAGUAGAUGGAAAGCAACUCGGAUUUUCUCCUAUGGGUAUGGCCGAAUAGAAAUUCUCUCUGGAUUUAUUAAUGGACUUUUUCUAAUGGUAAUAGCUUUUUUUGUGUUCAUGGAGUCAGUGGCUAGAUUAAUUGAUCCCCCGGAAUUAGACACAAACAUGUUAACACCAGUCUCAGUUGGAGGGCUGAUAGUAAACCUUAUUGGUAUCUGUGCCUUUAGCCAUGCCCACAACCAUACCCAUGGAGCUUCUCAAGGAAGCUGUCACUCAUCUGAUCACAGCCAUUCACACCAUAUGCAUGGACACAGUGACCAUGGGCAUGGUCACAGCCACGGAUCUGUAGGCAGAGGCAUGAAUGCUAACAUGAGGGGUGUAUUUCUACAUGUUUUGGCAGACACACUUGGCAGUAUUGGUGUGAUCGUAUCCACAAUUCUUAUAGAGCAGUUUGGAUGGUUCAUUGCUGAUCCCCUCUGUUCUCUUUUUAUUGCUAUAUUAAUCUUUCUCAGUGUUAUUCCACUGAUUAAAGAUGCCUGUCAGGUUCUACUUUUGAGACUGCCACCAGAAUAUGAAAAAGAACUACAUAUUGCUUUAGAAAAGAUACAAAAAAUUGAAGGAUUAAUAUCAUACCGUGACCCUCAUUUUUGGCGUCAUUCUGCCAGUGUUGUGGCAGGAACUGUGCAUAUACAGGUGACGUCUGAUGUUCUGGAACAGAGAAUAGUACAGCAGGUUACAGGAAUACUGAAAGAUGCUGGAGUAAACAAUUUAACAAUUCAAGUGGAAAAAGAGGCAUACUUUCAACAUAUGUCUGGCCUAAGUACUGGAUUUCAUGAUGUUCUGGCUAUGACAAAACAAAUGGAGUCCAUGAAAUACUACAAAGAUGGUACUUACAUCAUGUGAGAUAAUGCAAGAAUUACCCCUGGGACAUGAACAAUGAAGAUUACAUGACUUAGUAUUUAUAAUAUUGCCAGAAGGAAGAAAAUUGCACAUAAUUGAACAGAAACAUUUUGCCAUAUUUGAAAAAAAUUUUACAGCUCUCUGCUAUUGGAUCAAGGAAUCUUUCUUAAAGAAAAUUUAAAUAUAGAAAGAAGCAUUAAAUUGUGCAAGUAAAAUAAUUAUUUGAUUAUGUGUAUAACAGGAAUCUUAAAAUUUGAGUGAACAUGAUGUAUCACAUCUUCAAAUAUGAACAUAUAAUGAUGGAUUCUAGUGAAGACCAAAAUUACUUCCUUGUGUUUACUUUCUGUCAGAAAGCAUCUCCUUUGUAAAUAAUGUAUUUACAUGUUUAUUACAAAGACGCAAAUGAACAAUUUUUAGUCAAUUUUUUGCAUAGCCCUAGAAUAAAAUAGGAAUAAAAGUUAUAUAUUUAUGGAUUUUUCUGUACAUAAAACUGGUUUCUAAUUAUAACGUAAAUCCAUUAAGUAAAAGUUGUAUUGCCACUUUAAAUGUAAACUAAAUUAUUUGGGAGAAACCAACCACUGAAAUGAGACAAGCAGUGAGAACAGAGAAGUAUAACAUUACAGCUUUUGAUGUAUUACAAAACCAACCACUCUGUAAAAUAAAUUUUUUUUACUUUUGGUAAUAUUUGCAAAUGAAUAAUUACUUUAUUAGAGUGAAGAACUAUACUAAGUUGUGCGCAUGUUAUUCAAUUAGUUUUCUUCUUCCUCUAAAGUAGAAUAUUCCAUUUCUUGUUAUGCAUCUGGCAUUCCAAGUUGCUUAUCAAGUUCGUAUCCAAGCAAUGCUAUGCUUUUCAUCUUGUCACUUAGUUCCAUUUGUUGUGGAACAGCCAGUUGAGAGAGCCAUAAAUAAUUGUCAACUCAGAGUUGAAUUUUCUGUCUAUAGAUACAAGGUUUUUUUUCAAUUUCUGCACCAUGUAGAAAUAAAAGACAUAGUAAAGAAUAGGUAGUUAUUUUGAAGUUUAAUAAGUAAUCUUAUCCAUAAACACAUGGGCACUGUGAAAUCAAAAUAUCCUAUAACUACUUUCUGUGGUAAUAUCUAAUUUAUAUUUUUUCAUUUCCAAUUUAAACUGAAUGUAGUCUGAAAAGACUUUAUGAUAAAUAGAUACAUAAUAAUAUAUGCAGCUUUGUGAAUACCAAAGAAUGUUGUCCAAAAAGGAAACUUUUGAAUAUCUGUUUAUAAGCAUCUGAAUAUUUUCCUUCUUAUUCUAGGAACUUUGAUAAAUAGGAUGAAUUAACUUUAGUAUGGGUACUAUUUUCUUAUCUAUACCAGAAUGGCAAACUUGUAUUGUAAAUCAUAUUUUUAUCUUAUCAAUUUUAAUAUGUGAGAAGUUUUAGAAAUUUGUUGUAAGUUAUUUUGAUAUUUCAUGUCUUUUCUUUAUACAUUUUCUGGUCCAGAAUCUUCAGUACAUAUUAAAAUUUUUGAGUGGUGGGAAAAUAAUUGCAUGUUGAUGUUUUAAUGCAAUUUUUAUACAUUAAAAAAACUUUAAGUAGGUAGGUACAAUAAAUAUUGACCAUUAUUAAACAUUUUGUUCCCUUACAAGGCAUAUAAACAGCAGAAAAAUUAAAUUAAUUUGAUUGAGAGGUAUCAAGGUAAGCACUUAACAUUACUAAGCACUUCCACUAUUGUGUCUUUAAGUAGGAAAACUCCAGCAUUGAAAGCACCAAGGUACUGGUUCCAGCUCAUACAAACCAUGUGACUUUAGGUAAAUCAGCUUCUCUGGGUAUCUUUCAGAAUAAAAUCUCAAGUUCAUAGGAUUAUGAGGGACAAAAGGAAUAACGUGAAAAUGAAAGUUGAAAAAGGCUAGGUAAAAUUGAGGAAUUACUGUUUUGAACCUGAUUUCAAAGGUGGCUAUUAUUCAUUAACUAUUUAUCAGCAUCCUAAGAGAUUAAUUAGAUGUUCAGUGUACAAAUAAAUUUGAAUUAGCAUCCAAUGCUUAAUAGUUAAUUUGGCCCCAAAAGGUUGGUGGUAGUUGUUUACCAUACCUGUUAACUUCUUUCCUUUCUCCUCAAUUGUUGUUUUCCCAUACUACCAAUUUCGGAGCUCAUGAUUUCCACUUGGGGUGAAGUUUAUAUCUUUUAUAAUAUGGACUUAUUGUUCCUUUUACAUAAUAGAGCAAACUUCAAAUUUUUCUAAAAGCAGAAUAAUGAAGCUAUAAUCAGAUAUUUCUAACUAAAGGAUUUUAGUUUUACUUUUAACUUAGGUUAUGAUUCUCCCCUAAAAUAUCUACUAUAUUUAUCCAGAGCUGUAUAUUUUUACUAGUUAGUAGUCAUAUGGCCCAAAAUUCAAAAGAGUAAAUGGCAAAAGCCUCCUGUCCCUGUCACUCAGAUAUACAGCUCUCCUCUAUAAAUUGUCACACUUGCCAGUUUCCAGUAUAUCCUUCUGGGUUUUUUACAUAUAUAAAGUAAAUACAUGUAUGCAUUACUUUUCACAUAGAAAUUAUUCCGUACUUGAACUAUUAAGUCAUCCUCAUUCUUUUUCUUUGCUGAAUAGUAACCCUAUCUGAUGGAUUUUUUAGGUUGGUUCCAAUCUUCUGCUAUUACAGACAAUGAUGACAUGAAUAGCCUUGUACAACUAUCAUUCUGCAUAUGUGCAAUAUGUAGAAUAAAUUCUAACAAGCAGAAUAGUCAAAGGGCUUAGGGUAUUUAUAAAUCUGGAAAGUAUUGCUAAGUUGCACUCCAUAUAGAUUGCAACAGUUUACCCUCCCAUCAACGAUGUAAGAUGUGUUAAAAUAAAAAUGUUAAGGCACACAUUCCUUAUAGCCUUAAUUUGUAUGCAAGUUAAAUGUGCAAAGACAUUCAGUUAUAAAACCAUUAAUGUUCACUUCAUUUUUAGAGUGCUUUUUCAGAAGGAAGUUUUUCUAUUAAAUAGUGUUAUAAUACAUUAAAAUUCUAAAAUUUGAUUUUUU